AUGUCACCUGCCAAUGAGUUUGAAUAUAAAGCUCUAUGGGCGUUGAAGACACUGAACCUGAACUGGGAAAAGGUUGCGAAAGGGAGAGUAAGUCAGCUCCAUAAGUUGGAGGAAGUUUGGUUGCGAGCAUAUGAAAGUUCAACCCUGUAUAAGGAGAAGAUGAAGAGGCGGCAUGACGCCAAAAUCAUUCAACGCGAAUUCCGAGUUGGUGAUUUUGUGUUGCUCUACAAUUCUCGACUGAGACUUUUUCCUAGUAAACUUAAGUCAAAGUGGUCUGGUCCAUUCAACGUAACCCGAGUAUUCACAAAUGGGGCAAUUGUAAUUGAAGAAAUGAAGACUAAGGAGCAAGGCAAGGAUAUUACAGGGCCAAAAGGAGCGAAAAAGCUAAAGAAGUUUAAGAAAGGCAAUCCUAGUGAUCACCAAGACCAGUUGGCGAGUCACAAAGUGGCUUUUUAG